AUGCCCUCCCGCCAGCCCCCGCUCCCCUCCCCCGCCCCUCUCUUCUCCCCCCGCGCCCACGCCCACGCCCACGACCGCCAGCUCCGCCGCCUCCACUCCGCGGCCGUCGCCGCCUCGGCCGCCGCCGGCGCGCUCGUAGCCGUCGCCAUGGCGCUCGCCCUGCUGCUGCUCUGGCUCCGCCGCAGGAGGGCGCGCCGGAGGGAGAAGGCCAAGGAGGGGAAAGACGGGGCGCUGGAGCGGCUGUCGUACCGCAAGCUGCGGCGCGCCACGGGGGCCUUCGCGCCGGGGGGCAAGCUCGGGCAGGGCGGCUUCGGCCCCGUGUUCCGCGGGGUCCUCCCGCCCCCCCGCGGUACCGGCGGGGCGUGCGGCCGGCCCGUCGCCGUCAAGGUCAUGGACGCCGCCGGGUCGCUCCAGGGCGAGCGCGAGUUCCACAACGAGAUCGUCGUCGCCUCCCACAUCCGCGCCGCCGCCGAAAAGGCCGCGUCUUCCCCCGGCCCCGCAGCAGACGACGUCGAGGGCAAGGCGGCGGCACCGGCGGCGGCGGCGUCGGCGCGCGACUCCAUACUGCUCCCGUUCGCCUACUCGAUGCCGAGGCGGGGGGAGGGGCGGGCGCGCCGGAUGGUGCUGGUCUACGACCUCAUGCCCGGCGGCUCCCUGCAGGACGCGCUGCUCGGCCGCCGCUGCCCCGAGCUGGUGGCCGGGUGGCCGCGCCGGCUCGCCGUGGCGCGCGACGUCGCCGCCGCGCUCCACUACCUCCACUGCGUGCUCAAGCCGCCCGUCGUGCACGGGGACGUCAAGCCCAGCAACGUCCUGCUCGACGCCGGCCUCCGCGCCCGCCUCGCCGACUUCGGCCUCGCGCGCGUCAACUCCGACCCCGACCCGGACGACAAGCUGGAGAGCGGCGCGAUUGCGGAGGGCACUGAUGCGAAUGAGAACGCUCUUGAUGGGGGGUGCGACGAUGACGUCUCUGUUGUGGCGGAGAGCACGGUCACCACGACGGUAGAUGGGGAAGUGAACGUCGCCCCCAAGUCGCCGGAGGUUGACGACGGCGGCGGCGGAUUCACGCUGCCGUCGCCGGACGAGGCUGCAUCCACUUCCGGGUUUGACCAGACCAGUCUCGACAGUGGUCUGAACAGCCGCAGCUGCAAUGGUGUCGGUUCACGCACCGGCGGCGCGUCGGGGACCGGGAGCGACUGGUGGUGGCGGCAGGACAAUGCCGGACCCAGCCAUGGCGGUGUAAAGGAUUAUGUGAUGGAGUGGAUCAGAUCGGAGAUCAAGAAGGAGCGCCCCAAAAAUGAUUGGAUUGCAGGGGCAGCUGCAACCAACCCGGGGACAGAGAGGAAGAAGCAAAAGCGCAGAGCACGCGAGUGGUGGCGCGAGGAGUACACCGAUGAGCUUGCAAAGAAGCAGAAACGCAGGGCGCUUGCCAAAUCGAGGAGCCAGCAGGCCGGGCUGCAAUGGUGGGAGCGUGAUAUUGAUGAUGACUUGGACGGCAAGGGGCGGUCCAAGUGGAGUGUGGUGAAGAGCUGGAGCCGAAGAAGCAGCAGCAGCGCUAGCAAUGGCAAUGGCACUGGCAAUGUCAAUGGGAGCAUCAACUGGUGGGUCAAUGGCGCGAGAAGCAGCCGUGAUUGGGCAAGUGGGGACUUCGUGCCCAAGAGCGGAGGCGCGGUGAGCAGCACGCCGAGCAUGCGUGGCACCGUGUGCUAUGUCGCUCCGGAGUACGGUGGCGGCGGUCCUUUGUCCGAGAGAUGUGACAUCUAUAGCUAUGGUGUCCUGCUACUGGUUCUUAUCUCUGGCCGCCGGCCAUUGCAAGUGUCGGCCUCACCCAUGUCGGAGUUCGAGAAGGCGAGCCUCAUAUCGUGGGCAAAGCACCUCGCGCGCGUGAGUCGCCUUAUCGAUCUCAUCGACCCGGCCUUGAAAGAUGUUAAUCAGGAGGAGGCACUGCUCUGCAUCACCGUCGCGCUCCUCUGCAUACAGAGGGCCCCUGCUCGCCGGCCAUCAAGCGAAGAGUUGCUCCGGUUGCUCUCCGGCGAGGGAGAGCCGCCUCACCUCCCGCUAGAGUUCUCGCCGUCCCCACCCGGUGGGUUCCAUUACAAAUCCCGGAAGAAAGUUCGUACGCACCGACUGGCAGAUCCUUUGAAGUGGCAAUGCGUAAAGAAUAUCGACACUGGUUGCGACGGGUUACAAGCAGGAAAACGGUAUGUUGGCUUUGCGUCGACGCUGCAUAUUGUUGCUUCAGUCCUUUUUUUAGGGAUGUUGCUUCAGUCUUCUUUUGUCUAG